CACAUUGGCGAUUUUCACGGCGGAUGCACGUUAAUAUCGCGACAUCUGAGCGCACAGAGAGCGCAUGGAAAGUUCAAGCCCCAGUGUGUGUCCAUGUGUGCGAGUGUCUCGGUGUGUGUCUGGCUAAUAGAGUGACCCCCCAGCACGCGGUUUAAAGGGAACACAAGAGAGCUGAGUCAAAGAAUCCCAAGGAGAAGGAUGCAACAGUUGAUGUGCGCGUCCUCACCGUUCAGUGUGCGUCUCCGAGCCGCCGGAGGAUGGUGGCACUGAUCUCGGUGGACGGACGCUCGUUCUUCUGAGAAUCUGUCCGCGCCAGAGACGUCCUCGUCUUGACAUAGGUGAAAAGAAAAGGAACAUGGACAUGCGGACCCACCAGAAUCUGGAGGCGCAGCUGGACUCGGAGUGUGCGCGGCGGUGAGGAGCAGUGCGGUCUGCAGCAACAUGCAUCGUAUUCUGCAGAGGAGGCGAGUGCGCCAGCUGCGGGUGGUGUGGGCUUCUCUGGCGCUGCUGGCUCUGUCUCUGGCCGCCUGCAGUGCGCUCUUCACGGCGUGGACCUGGAGACAGACGCGCGACCUGUCUCAGUCCUUCAAGAUUCUCCAGGAGCGACUAGAGCAGGUCAACACUCAGCGGAAGGCCAUCGUUCAGCUCAUACUGGAGAAGAGGGAGCUGCUGGUGGGCCAGAGAGUCAAGCGAGACGGGGGGACACUGCGAGGGAGGAAUGGAAGUGGAAAAAAAGCAGCGUCUCAUUUCGAGAUAACCAAAGACUCCUCGCAGCAAGUGGGAGAGGGGGGUGUGAUAAAAGGCUGGGAGGAGAGAACUCUCAAUAUGAGUAAAGCAGUGAGGUACAACAAGGAGCAGGGCACCUUUACUGUGGAGAGAGCCGGCGUCUACUUCCUGUUCUGUCAGGUGUUGUUCAAUGAGCACCAGUCUCAGUAUGUGAAGCUGGACGUGGUGACCAACGGUCAGAGGCCUCAGAAGCUCCAGUGCAUGGAGGGCUAUGGAACAACUCCCUCUGCUAAAGAUCACAGCUUCCACUUCCUGAAGCCGUGCCAAGUAUCCGGCCUGCUGCGGCUGGACAAGGGCACAGAGCUGCACGCCAUCACGGGCGCGUCCUUCAAACUCCAGAGCGUGGGCAACCGGUCGGCCUCGCCUCACGUCUUCAGCAUCUUUAAAGUCAACUGAUCCGGAAACUUUGAUAAAAAUAACUCCCAACAAAACACACUUGUUUUGCAAGGGCAGAGUUCUUUUUUCUCUCGCGCGGUUUCACAGUUGGGGUGUGACAUCAUGCUGCAGCCUCGCACCAAAGAUGUUAAUUUGAAUAACAAACCUGACAUUUGUGGAAUUUGUUGUGGAAUUUUGGAACGCAAAACAGACUUUGGAUUAAAACCGAGACCUGAGUGGACCAAAAGGCUUCUGAGAAUGUCUGCUGAGAGAACAGAUGGACAACUGUGCUGUAGAUAAAGAGCUUUGUAUAAUGAAUUGAAACAUACUCUCCUCUAUAAACCGUCAAGCUGUGCAUGCACGUCCCACUUUUGUGUCAGUGGUGCCUCCAGAAGCCAGGCGCUUCGUCACAUGUCCUCAUUAUAAACUGCUCACAUGUUGUUGCCAUGGAUAUUUUCAUUCUCCUGCCAUCUAUCUGUGUGAUCGAACAUGUGUUUCUACUCCACGUGUGUGCCGUGUAGUAACCGUUGGCAUGUGGUGUUUGAAUGGAUGUGAAUUUUUACUCUUUUUAUAAGAUCAGAUAAAUAUUUUUUAUGGAUUUUUAUUGUUUUUACCAAAAGAAGUCAGUGUCAUAGUAAAGUGUGGAAUUUUCCAUUUAACCUCUUCUGUCUUUUUAUACACGUGGCAGAGGUUACUCGUGUCAUUUUCAAUCAAGAAAUGGAGAACCUGGAGACACGGUUACCUCUGCGCCCCUCACAUGACUUUCAGUGGAAACUUGACGUGAAAAACUUUGUUUUAUCAGCUGAACCUCUGCAUUGUGUUUAGUGCUAAUUGGCAAGCGCUAACAGAUAAAUGCAAAAGAAUCAUGAUGAAUAGCAUCUGCUGGUCUCAUACCUUCAGUGGUGCUGGAGAGGGGCAUAACACAAGUUUGAAAGAGUGUUCUCAAAGCUACGUGCCAACCAACCACUACAGUUAUUACACUUCAAUAACACACGAAUGUCGCAAGCUGAGCUGAAACCUAAUGCAUGCAUGUGAAUUAACGUAAACAAUUGUCAACUUGUCAACAUGGCAUAUGAAGCAAAUGUGUCGAAUACUUUUAAACACCCACAAUACUCCAUUUUACUACAGUAUUCGGCUGUAUUGGAUUAGCGCCGUGAACUGCCAGUGAGUUGUGUUAGCUAGCUGGUGGCUGUCAACUCAAGUUGGACAGAGGAAGAACACACUGUUCUAAGCACUAGCAGCACCACAAUGCUAACUGAAUCUUUUGGAGCUAAUUCUGCUUCGCUGAAACAGUACAUAUAGUUGGGUUUUGAGUUUUCUUUUUUUUUUUUUUUCUACCAUUGCUGAAGCAGACCAACACAAAUGGCCACCUAAAUUCACCUAAAGUCUAAAUAUUAGUGCCUUGGUGGUCUGUUGGUGUUUGGUGUCACCAACAAAAUAUUAACUAGCCUGACGCAGAAUUUGAGAUGUGACCAAGGCAGUGCAAUAUUGCCCACGUUAAUAAAGGCCCUUUCACACUG